CUACUUUUGUCUGUCACUCAUUUUAUUCAGCAAAACCUUCCACCAACUUCAUUAUUUGCCAGGAAAACAGACCCAUUUCCUGCCCUUGAAGUUUUGCAGUCUCAAGGGGGAAGCAGUUAUCAAGGUGGGUGGGUGGUGCAGGAGAGCGUGGAAGAGGCCCACCUGGCUAGGGGAUAGGCCAUUCCUCCCUGGGAGGUGACGUUUGACCUAUGAGGCAAGCCCUAAAGGACAGCUAGGGAUCCCCGCGGAUGCUGGGCUGGUGAGGCAGGCGUGAGCAGCCCAGCGCAGGAGGGCAGCGGGAAGCGCGGUCUGCAGGAGCCAGACGUCCCAGCCGGUGUGGCCAGAGGUGGCAGGGGCGCCGCCUGAGCGGGGCUGGGGCGCGGGCAGGAUUUGGGGCUGCGCCAAGAGGCGUCCUGACCUGGUCCUUUCUCAAGGUCGGUUCCGGCUCCCACGCCUCCGCUGCCACCUGCGCUGCCCUUGGCUACGAUGCCCUCACCCCGCUGGGUGCGUUUCCGCGGUCCCGGAGCCGAGCGGGUGAGGGGCCACUAGUGCUCCGCGGCCGGGAUCGGGCCUGCAGUUCAUUGAAGACUUGAACAAGUGGGCCCUAUUUCUUGUGUCUCCUUUUAUACUUGAAGCAGAACACAUAGCAUUUGUGACAGAGAGCAUUUGGGUACAAAGUGAGAAUUUACAGAGAUCAUCCUCCUCUUCAGAAACAAUUGUCAAGUGGUCCGACUGUUGUUUGCCAUUAGCUUGCAGACCUGGGGAUCCUUAUCGGUUAAUUGCGGAAGCAAGUGUGGACAACUUCAGCAAGCUGGGGGUGGCGUUCAUGGAAGAUAGACUCCAGAUGGAUAAUGGCCUGGUACCCCAAAAGAUUGUAUCGGUGCACUUGCAGGACUCCACCCUGAAGGAGGUGAAGGAUCAGGCCUCAAACAAGCAAGAACUGAAGCCUGAAUCUUCUCUUGAGAUUAAGCCUGAGCAGGAAGGUAUGGAGCAUGUCAGCAAAGAUGAUCCGAAGGCUCUUGGUGAAGAGCCCAAACAGAGGAGAGGCAGUGCCUCUGGGAGUGAGCCUGCUGGGGACAGUGACAGGGGAGGGGGCCCCAUCGAGCAUUAUCACCUCCAUCUGUCCAGUUGCCAUGAGUGUCUGGAACUUGAGAACAGCACCAUUGAGUCAGUCAAGUUUGCAUCUGCGGAGAACAUUCCAGACCUUCCCUAUGAUUAUAGCAGCAGUUUGGAGAGUGUUGCUGAUGAGACUGGCCCUGAAAGAGAGGGAAGGAGAGUCAACCUCACGGGAAAGGCACCCAACAUCCUCCUCUAUGUGGGCUCUGACUCCCAGGAAGCCCUUGGCCGCUUCCAGGAGGUCCAGUCCGUGCUGGCCGACUGUGUGGACGUUGACAGUUACAUUCUCUACCACCUGCUGGAGGAAAGCGCCCUCAAAGACCCGUGGAUGGACAACUGUCUGCUAUUGGUCAUUGCUACCAGGGAGUCCAUUCCCGAAGUCCUAUACCAGAAGUUCAUGGCCUAUCUGUCUCAGGGAGGGAAGGUGCUGGGCCUGUCUUCGUCCUUCACCUUUGGUGGCUUUCAGGUGACAAGCAAGGGUGUGCUGCGGAAGACGGUUCAGAACCUGGUUUUCUCCAAGGCUGACCAGAGCGAGGUGAAGCUCAGCGUCUUGAGCAGUGGCUGCAGGUACCAGGAAGGCCCCGGAGAGCGGCUCAGCCCCGGCAGGCUCCAGGGCCACCUGGAGAACGAGGACAAGGACAGGAUGAUUGUGCAUGUGCCUUUCGGAACUCAUGGGGGAGAAGCUGUUCUUUGCCAGGUGCACUUAGAACUACCUCCCAGCUCUGAUAUCGUGCAAACUCCAGAAGAUUUUAACUUGCUCAAGUCAAGCAAUUUUAGAAGGUACGAAGUCCUUAGAGAGAUCCUGACGACCCUCGGCCUCAGCUGUGACAUGAAACAGGUUCCUGCCUUAACGCCUCUUUACUUGCUGUCAGCUGCGGAGGAAAUCCGGGAUCCUCUUAUGCAGUGGCUUACGAAACAUGUGGACUCUGAGGGAGAAAUAAAAUCCAGCCAGCUCUCCCUUAAAUUUGUUUCAUCCUAUGUGUCUGAAGUGGAAAUCACCCCAUCUCAUAUACCUGUGGUGACCGACAUGGAGGCCUUCGCAUCAGAAAAUUUCAACUUGGAGAUCUAUCGCCAAAAUCUGCAGACCAAGCAGUUGGGGAAAGUAAUUUUGUUUGCUGAAGUGACCCCCACGACGAUGCGUCUCCUGGAUGGGUUGAUGUUUCAGAUGCCGCAGGAAAUGGGCUUAAUAGCGAUCGCGGCCCGGCAGACCCAGGGCAAAGGACGGGGAAGGAAUGUGUGGCUGAGCCCCACAGGAUGUGCCCUUUCUACUCUGCUCAUCUCCAUCCCACUGAGAUCCCAGCUGGGACAGAGGAUCCCAUUUGUCCAGCAUCUGAUGUCCGUGGCUGUCGUGGAAGCAGUGAGGUCCAUUCCUGAGUAUCAGGAUAUCAACUUACGAGUGAAGUGGCCCAACGAUAUUUAUUACAGUGACCUCAUGAAGAUCGGCGGAGUUCUGGUUAACUCAACACUCAUGGGAGAAACAUUUUAUAUACUUAUUGGCUGUGGAUUUAAUGUGACGAACAGUAACCCUACCAUCUGCAUCAACGACCUCAUCACAGAAUACAACAAGCAACACAAGGCAGUGCUGAAGCCCUUAAGAGCCGAUUAUCUCAUCGCCAGAGUCUUGACUGUGCUGGAGAGGCUGAUUGACGCGUUUCAGGACAAAGGGCCCAACAGCGUCCUUCCCCUUUAUUACAGAUACUGGGUCCACAGUGGUCAGCAAGUCCGUCUGGGCGGCCCAGAGGGACCAAAGGCAUCCAUCGUCGGCCUGGACGAUUCUGGCUUCCUCCAGGUUCACCAGGAGGGCAGCGAGGUUGUGACUGUGCACCCGGAUGGCAACUCCUUCGACAUGCUGAGAAACCUCAUCCUCCCCAGACGGCAGUAGUGCUGAUGUCCCUGAGACCGGCCUGGGCCUGCCCUCCUGACUCACCCGGCCUGGCGCUUGGGCAGCAGGCGGGAUGCCGCUGGGCUGCCUGGGGUCCGAGCCCAGUGCGAACCACCGCAGUGAGCAUUCUGCUUUCAUCGCGGCCGCCUGGCCGUGUCCACACAUCUGGAUAUUCUGUUUCUGUUUUCUUAGGUUUGUUUUGUUGUCGUUUCCUUUGGUGUUUGAGGAGAAUCUGGGAUAGACGGUUGGCACGUAGAUUUAGAUUAGGGAGCACCCUGGCACAGGUGGGAGUCACUCUCCCUUCUGGGACUUCGACUUAUGUUUAUUGUCAGGGGGAGUUUUCAUGUGGAAAUGGCAGUGGAAGGCUGGGUGCCGUGGCUCACGCCUGUAAUCCCAGCACUUUAGAAGGCCAAGGUGGGCGGAUCACCUGA